AUGGCGCAGAGUGGUCUAGCAGAGAUGUACCAGGAAGAGCUGAUCUGUGAUGCCACCCUCAUAGCCGAUGGACAGAGAUUCCCUUGCCAUAGGGCACUGCUAGCAGCCAUCAGCCCUUUCUUUCGGGACAUUUUCAUCAAUACCUGGAAAGAGUCCAGUGGGAGGGAAGUUCUGCUUCAGAAGGUGGCUCCAUCUACCGUCCAAAGCAUUCUGAAAUAUAUCUACACAGAAGAAAUAGCACUCACACCUGAGCUGGCCCCAUUCCUCUUUGCUGGGGCUAGCCAGUUACAGAUUAUUCCACUGCAGAACCUUUGCUGUAGGUUCCUCAUGACAAAUCUCUCUGUGCAGAACUGCUUUGAGAUGUAUUCUUUGGCUCAAGCGGAAAAGAGCCGCGCCUUGCUUCAUGCGGUCGUACAGCUCCUCACCAACAAUUUUGACCGGGUCUCUGAGCAAGGUGAUUUCCUCCAGCUGGACUUCAGCACACUUGUCACCCUGAUAUCCUCCAGUGACCUUGAAGUUGAUUCUGAGUUCAGAGUCUAUCAGGCAGUGCGGCGCUGGGUGCAAGGGCAACCCAGCAAACACAUCCCUCUGCUUGGAGAGCUGAUGCUCUAUGUUCGUCUCCCACUCUUUGGCCCUGAGGAGCAGGAUGAACUCCAGAGGGACUUGGAGCAGUGGAAUGAUCUGAACCUUGAGUGGAAGCUGCUGGAUGGUGAAGAGAGGUUGUGUCACACCAGGGGCCUCCGGAAGGGCAUGUACAAGCCACACAUCGUGUGCAUCGACACCCAGAUGUGUGAGUACCAGGAGCUAGAGAGUGAAGAGGCACACAUGGGCUGCUACGAGCCACAGACUGAACUGUGGGAGAAGCUUCCCGGUCUGCAGUCCUUGAUGCAUGCAUGCUGUGCUGCAGCCAGUGAGAAGAUCUAUGUCUCUGGAGGCGUCUGUAGGAAUUCUUAUUCGGACGCCGUCUACGAGUUCAGCGCUUUCAAAAGCGAGUGGUCACAACUCCCUUCCAUGGGCAUGCCCCGCGCUGCACAUGGCUUCCUGUUCCACAACCAGAAGCUUUAUGCCAUGGGGGGAUGGCGCAAAUUCCAAAGCUUCCUCGACCUGGCAGAAGCUUUUGAUCUUGUGACGGGGAUGUGGGCAGCAAUUGCAAACCUCCCUUUUGCCCUGAGCCAUCCGGCCUCAACCGUAUUCCGGAACAAGCUGUAUCUCCUUGGUGGUGCAACAGGCAUUUCAACCCACUGGCUGUUCCACAGGGGGAUCCUGAUCUAUGAGACAAGCUCCAACACAUGGUCUCAGGUGCCUCUGGCCACAGGUUUCUUUGCUGCAGGUGCUGUGGCUGGGGACACUGGGAUCUAUGUCAUUGGGGGAUACUCUGAAAAGAAGACCCAUGACUGGGUGGAAGGGGCGCUUGUCCCCGAGAACCGCCACAGCACUCGCAAGUGCUUCUUUGUCAAUGAGGCUGGCAGAGUGAGCUACAGCACGGGCAUCCCCAAAUUGCCACGAGGGAUUGCCAAUGCAGGAGUGGUCUGUUGUGGCAAGCGGAUCUAUGUGUUGGGCGGGGAAGACUUAACCCAGCGCUACAAAAUGAUUUACCACUGGGAGCCUGGUGAGCCCCGUUGGCGCCGUUGCAUGACAGAGAUCCCCGUGGCCCGCGAGGGCAUCAGCAGGUUUGGAUGUGUGACCCUGAUGAGACCCAACCCAAAUAUCCUUCAGCUUUUCCAGGUCACCUCCCUUGUCCUAGUGUCUGCUGUCAGCAAAUAG